AUGACGCUGGCACCCAAAGAGCUGUCCAACCUGCUGGGCAUCAUCUCGGAGGAUGCCUGCGGAAACACCUUCGAGAGCCUCUCCAACGCCUUCCAUCACUGUUUCGGGAAGGCUGAGCACUUCCGGGUUGGCUCUGUGCUGGUGAUGCUGCUCCAGCAGCCGGAUCUGCUGCCGAGUUCGCCUCAGCGCCUCACGGCUCUUUACCUGCUCUGGGAGAUGUACCGCACUGAGCCGCUGGCCGCCAACCCCUUCGCUGCCGUUUUCGCCCACCUCCUCAACCCUUCGGCCUCGGGGGAGGAGCAGGAGAAACCUCUGUCAGGGUUUCUCCCACCCAUCACUCACCCGGAGAAGUUUUUCCUCUCUCAGCUGAUGCUCGCUCCGCCACGGGAGUUGUUUAAAAAGACGCCGCGGCAAGUCUCCUGCAUGGACGUGAGCUCCGCACCACAGGCCGUCGACAUCAGUGGGCUGCAGCUGGCCCUCGCAGAGCGCCAGUCGGAGCUGCCCACUCAGAGUAAAGCCAGUUUUCCCAGCCUUCUCAGCGACCCUGACCCAGACUCCUCCAACUCGGGCUUUGACAGCUCUGUGGCCAAUCAGAUUAUAGAGUCACUGGUAACUGGACCACGUCCUCCACUGGAGAGUCACUUUCGUCCAGAGUUUAUCCGGCCGGCUCCCCCGUUACUGGUCUGUGAGGACGAGCUGGCAUGGCUGAACCCGUGUGAGCCGGAGCACCGCGUGCAGUGGGACCGAUCUAUGUGUGUGCACAACGGCACAGGUGUUGAAAUCAAGCGCAUCAUGGCCAAAGCCUUCAAAAGCCCACUGUCUGCACCUCAGCAAACACAGCUACUCGGUGAGCUGGAGAAGGACCCAAAGCUGGUGUACCACGUUGGCCUGACGCCGGCCAAACUGCCGGACCUGGUAGAGAACAACCCACUGGUGGCCAUUGAGAUACUGCUGAAGCUCAUGUCCUCCAGUCAGAUCACAGAGUAUUUCUCUGUGCUGGUCAACAUGGACAUGUCCUUACACUCAAUGGAGGUGGUGAACAGGUUAACCACAGCGGUGGAUCUUCCUCCUGAGUUCAUCCACCUUUACAUCUCCAACUGCAUCUCCACCUGUGAGCAGAUCAAGGACAAGUAUAUGCAGAAUCGCUUGGUACGUCUGGUGUGUGUGUUCCUGCAGUCCCUGAUCCGGAAUAAGAUCAUCAACGUACAGGACCUGUUCAUCGAGGUACAGGCUUUCUGCAUCGAGUUCAGUCGGAUCCGCGAAGCCGCCGGACUCUUCCGCCUCCUCAAAACCCUCGACAACGGAGAGACCCCUGCAGAAGGCAAGCCUGCCAAAUAGUGACUGUUGUGGACUCUCCGUAAAGUUAAACCGUGUGCCACCCGGACCUUAAUGCUUCCUCUGCGUCACCAAACCUGUUACGUAUCGUCACCGUCAGGUUUUUUUUUUUUUUUUUGUAAAAGAUUUAAAUGAAUGGACCAACAGAAAUGGUCCAAAAUUCAUUGGAAACAGACUACAGUAACUUUUUUUUACCAAUCUGAAAAUAACGUUUUGUUCCAGCAGUGCCGAUGUGAGCCCUCCGCCUUCUGAAAGAUCUGGACUUGAAUUUAGCCUCUUCAGAAAACUACUGUUCUAUUUUGUCUUGGAUGAACCCGAACAUGGAUCUCACCGACUCUGCUUAAAUUUAGUGGGGUUUUUUUCCCUCUCUAAAAAAGAAAAACACAGAGAGAGACACAGAUCUAAUCACUCCCGUGGUAAUUUGGCCUCCUCUCACUAUAAAAUCCCUACCGCCUAUAUUCUUGUUCUUUGGUUUGGUUUUUCAGCACCACAAAGCAUUUACUUCUAAUUUUUAAUAAAAAAAAGGGGGAAAACUAUUGACCAUCAUUUAAGAGAAA